GUUCUCAUUCCCAUUCGCUCGACUCGGCCCCAUGGAAGAAGAGAAUCCCCACCCAUGAACCCUAGAUCAAGCCUUGGAGCAUCUCACCGGCGCUACCCUGGAGCAUCUCGUCGCACCCUGGAGCAUCUCGCCGCCUCCCUGGAGCCUCCCGCCGCCGGCCUGGAGCGACCCACCGCAGCGGCCCUAGGGGAGGCCGAUGCCGCCCUGGGGCGUCCCACUGCUGCGUCCCUGGGGGCGGUCGACGCUGCCCUGGAGUGUCCUGGCGCCGGCAUGGAGCGUCACGGUGCUGGCCUAGAGUGUCCCACCGCCGCGGCCCUAGGGGAGGCCGCCGCCACCAUGGAUCCUCUAGGCGCUGGCCUGGAGCGUCCCGCUGCCGUGGCCCUAGGAGAGAUCGACGCCGCCCUGGAGUGUCCCACCACCGUGGCCCUGGGGACUCUGGGAGUGAGUGAGGUGAGUGGCUUGAGGACCCGGGGACAAUUUUGGGACGAUUUGUUGUCCUCUUCUUUUGGCCUUAUUUUCCUGUGAUUUAAUAAUUUUGCCAACCUCCUCAAGCCGACGCCAUGGAUGCAGAUUUCGCCGAGGCCUUAGAUGCGGAGCUCGUCGUCGCGCUAGAUGCGGUACACCCCGACGUCAUGCUGGAUGCGGAGGUCAUCAUCACCCUAGAUGCAGUGCGCCCCCAGCCCGUAGCUUCCCUGCUGCUGCCCGCUCCCGUAGCUCCCCUGCUGCUACCCGCUCCCAUGGCAGUGAGUCAACCUUGGGUGCCACAGGAAGGAUGGAGAAUUCAUGCAUCAACUUUGGAGGAUGAUGUGACAUUUGAGAUCAAGAUCCAUGUUGAGAACCAUGACUAUUGUAGUACCAGAAAAAGUGAGAAGAUGAAAAGUGCUUCCAAGUCAUGGAUAUGUGAUAAGGUCACAGAUUGGUUGAGGGAAGACCCCAGCAGAGGCACAAAGGAGUUGCAAGGGAAAUUAAAAGACAAAUACAAGGUAUUGAUCCCUUACAAGAGAGUGUGGAUAGGGAGGGAACUAGCAUUGAAUAAUUUGUUUGGUGAUUGGGAUGACAGCUUUGACAAGCUCUAUAGUUGGAAGGCAGAGGUUGAGAAGAGGAGUCCAGGAAGUAUAGUUUCCAUUGACCAUAUGACAUUCAAAGAGACGAAGAGGUUCACUAGGCUGUUUGUUGCCUUGAAGCCAUGCGUUGAUGGGUUCUUGGCUGGCUGCAUGCCAUACUUGGCAAUUGACAGCACGCACUUGACAGGGAAAUAUAGAGGCCAGCUAGCAACAGCUUGUGCAGUUGAUGGCCACAGCUGGUUAUAUCCAGUGGUAUUUGGUGUUAUUGACUCAAAAACUAGUGAGAAUUGGGUCUGGUUCAUGGAAAACUAAGGCAGAUCCAGAAGCUUAUGCUAAGUUGCCAAAG